CAUUCUACGAUUCUAAACUACGCGGACCGGAACGGCUGGUGAAUGUUGGCGCUCUUUGAGUUGCUCCUUUUCCCAAUUAAUCAGUGAGUUUAACAGCUUCCACCGGUUUAACUGGAACACAUACUCUUUGCGCUGGAACAGGAAGCGGACUGCCCUUCCUGGGGGGACUAAUCUGCUGCCUGACCGGUACGUUCCGCUAACAACCCCCAAGAAAGAGUCGCUAGCUGAGGAAGACUAGUAGAAGUGAUCGGCUCAAUGGGAUGUUAGGAUUAAGCCGUGCGGGGCCGGCGACAGCUUCUGACUUGUCUGCUACCGUCGGAGUGUGUGAAGCAUCAUGUGGAGAACGGCUUCUGCAGCAGUCCUGCUAGCAUUAGCUGUGGGCUACUUCUACCAUGGCAGACCGGACCUGCCAGAGCAGAUCCUGCAGUACGUGGGUCUGCCACACCUUCAGACAUCCUCUCAGAGCCAGAAGAGCUUGGAGCAUGUGGUCUCUGCUGCCUGGGAGGCUCUGAUAACUUUACCUGCUCAUCAGUGGAGCAAAGUGGCUGUAGGGGUGAAUGCCUGUGUGGACGUGGUGGUAUCUGGAGUGGGACUGCUCCAGGCUCUGGCUGUGGAUCCAGGUACCGGUCUAGAUCAUGAAGUUCUGCACUCUAAAGAGGACUUGAAGGAAACCUUCAUCCAUUUCAUGGAGCGUGGAGCUGCUGCUGAGCGUUUCUUCAGCGACAGCGAGGUCUUCCAGAGAAUAGCUCGAGCAGCAGCGGAGUACCCUGGGGCAAAGCUCUAUGUAGGUGGAAACGCUGCCCUCAUUGGUCAGAAGUUUGCCUCAUACCCUGACCUGAUGGUUCUGUUGUGUGGUCCAGUCGGUCCAAAGCUUCAUGAGCUGCUGGAUGAGCAGAUCGUUGUUCCUCCAGGAUCUCUCCAGGAGACAGAUGAGUUUCACCUCAUUCUGGAGUAUAAAGCAGGCGAGCGCUGGGGCUCCACUCAGGCGCCUCAGGCUAACCGCUUCAUCUUCUCCCAUGAUGUGUCCAAUGGGGGAAUGAGCUCCCUGGAGAUGUUUGUCGCCAGUCUGGAGGAGUUCCAGCCUGAGCUGGUGGUGUUGUCUGGGCUCCACAUGAUGGAGGGUCAAGGCCGAGAGCUGUGGAAGGAGAGGCUGAAGCAGGCUGUGGCUUCAAUAGCUGAAAUUCCCAAAGACAUUCCCGUCCACCUGGAGCUGGCGAGCAUGACUGACAAGGAUUUCAUGAUCAGCAUCGUGCAGGAGCAGGUCAUGCCAAUGGUCAGCUCCAUGGGACUAAAUGAACAGGAGCUGCUCUUCCUUUCUCAGGCUGCGGGAGGGCCUCAUUCGGCUCUGCCUGCAUGGAAAGGCAUCCCAGACGUGGGACGGGUUAGUGACAUCCUCCUCUGGAUCCUGGAGCAUCAUGGCCGCGGCGCCAUCUCAUCAGAGUCUGAUCUGACCCGUAUCCACUUCCACACCCUGGCCUACCACAUCCUAGCUACGGUGGGGGGGCACUGGGGCAACCAGGCAGCUGCUGUGAUGGCGGGAGCCCGUGUGGCCAGCAGUCAGGCCUGUGGACUCCGGGUUGUCGACGUUGAAAAAGUGGAGCUGAAGGCCCCACUGGAGUUUUACAGCUCCCACUCAGAGCCCAGGGACCACCUGUCCCUGAACCCAGCGGAGCCCGUUAUGGUGUGGCACCGCGGGAAUGUGACCUUCCACAUGUCCCCAGUCCUUGUCUGCAAACACCCGCUUCGGACAGUUGGACUUGGGGAUGCCAUCUCAGCAGAGGGACUCUACUAUUCCCAGUUUAAAGGUGAGCAGCACCUCUGAGACUUGAGUCUGGGAACACUGGUUGGAAGACCUGAGCAGCCAGUCAACCUUCAGCUGAAGACACAGCCCCAGCUCCCUCUGUCUCAAAGAUCUGCUGAGUUAAGUGACCGGCAUUAGUUCCACCCUGCCUAAUGACCAACACCUCUGUGCUGCCGUGCAGCAGGACUCUAUGCAAAGUGCAGCAGCUCAAAGCCAUCAGUAGGACCUCUGCAUGUAUUCUCCAUGCUGCUGUGCCUUGAGACAGAGAAACACGUUAAAUCACUCCUAGCAGAGCCACAUGGACGACGGACCCUCUCGCACGAUGAUUUCACGUGAAUCAGGUUGUUUUUGGUGCAGGAAUUUGUUUACAUCAGAUAACCUUAACUGUCCUAAAGAACUGUAGUUUUCUGUUUGUUUGUUUGUUUGACCUCAACUCUUCCUUCUCCAUCAGCACGUAUGGGAAAUCCAUAGCAGCUUCAUUAAGCUGUAGAUCAGUGCUAAAAGGUUCUUCUUGCAGCUUGUGUUCAGAUACCUGCUAAUGCUACGUGUUCUGGAGUUGGUCUGGUACAGAUGUUAUUUCUGCUCAUUUGUGGUCAGAACCUGUAACGUGUCCUGGUCGACUGGAAACUCCUAGAGAAGAUCAGUGUUCCUAGUCACAAAACACCUUUCUGGGUGUGCAGAUCAUGUGUCUGUUCCUCCAACGGCCUUUAAGGCAGCAAUAAUCCUAUUAAUGCAAACUCACGGUUUCAACAGAAUGGAAGCGACACACACACACACACACACACACACACACACACACACUCCUUUUCUUUAUUUUUGCAAGGACAAUCUCUUCUGCCUUACCUGUCCUGUGUGUGAGGUUCCAUUUGUCUGUGGAUGGUCAUUAAACAUGAUGGAGAGAAGUGUUGCAGGUUUGUUUUGCGUCGCUACCAUUCAGAGCUGCACGGACACCAACUCAUUUGUAUUUGUCGUCUUUAACAUCUGGCAUCCUCCCCCACCAUCUGAGCCAACAGUUGACAGCUCCACCCCUCUCUUCACCCGAGUGUCCAAGACAUGCAGCCGCAAAGUCGAUCAUCGAGCUGCGGCCUAAGGUCUGCUGGUGCUAAGAGCACAUAUGGACACCUUUAUGUCUGAACAUGGUGUUCAUUAUGGACAAUCCAUGACCGGCACAUGGUGGGGGAGGAUGCCAGUCAGACCAGGCAGGCCCAAACGUAUCGCGAGGGUCUGCUGGGAACGUCUAGCAGAGUCUCCUGUCAGAAGGAGCUUCAAUUCCCACCUUCGACAGAACUUCCAAAAUGUUCCGGGGGAGGUGGGGGACACUGAGUCUGAAUGGACCCUGUUCCGUGCCUCCAUUGUUUAUGUUUAUGUUUUUUUUUUGGCAGAUGCUUUUAUCUAAAGCGACUUACAAUUUAUAACCUAUAGGGCAUGUUGUGAUCUGUGGGGUUAACCAGAAUACCCGGAGGAAACCCACGCAUGCAUGGGGAGAACACGCAACUCCACACAGAAAGGCCGCAGCCGAGUUUCGAACCUGCAACCUUUGUGCUGCGAGGCAACAGUGCUGACCACUGCGCCACCAUGCAGCCCAACCAUUGUUGAGACAGCCGACUGGAGCUGUGGUCGCAGGAUUGUCGGUGCCUGUCGUGGUGGCAACCCCCGAACCCGCUGGUGGACACCGGCGGUUAGGGAUGCUGUCAAGCUGAAGAAAGAGUCCUAUCAGGUCUUUUUGGCCUGUGGGACUCCAGAGGUAGCUGACGGGUACCGGCAGUCCAAGCGGAACACGGCUCGGGUGGUCGGCGAGGCAAAACCCCGGGCAUGGGAGGAGUUUGGUGAGACCAUGGAACAAGACUUCCGUAUGGCUUCGAGGAAAUUCUGUCACCAAUUAUUUGCACAUCUGUGACUCUCGUCCAGAGCUUAGAGUCUAAACUUAUAGGAAACAGGACCAAUCAGUAAAAAUCAGUUAAACAAUGAAAAUAUAAUAAUUUAAUAACCCUGGCUUAAAAGGUUAAGUUUAUUUGUUUUGUUCUCAUUUACCCGUUACUUGUGUUGAGACUUUAUAAAAAAAGUUAUUGAAAGCUUUACAUGAGCUAAAUUAUGUGGAGAAUAAAGUUUCAAAAUACCUGUG